AUGGCAUCCCCAACUGGCCUGACUGCCAGCUCAGGCCUGAAGGCAGCGGUUGAGGAUGGACCCUAUAUCUUACGGCCGUUGUUGGAAGAGGUCCCUUUGGCGUCAGAUGGGUCCGACAGCAAUGUGAAGAUUAAUUGCGUCGAAUUUCAUGAUGGAAAUCUGUACAUUGGCACGUCAGCAUCCGAGGUGCUUCAUUUCGUGCAAAUCCCCCCCGACUCCAACGACGUCACCGGACAACCUGUCUAUAUUCAAGCUUCAAGGCUGUCGCCGGUCUAUGUCGAGUCUCCCACAUCACGAUCGGCCGGCCAAGGUGUGCAGGAGAUCCUUUUGCUGCCGCGCAUAGGAAAGGCCUGUAUACUGUGCAACUCGACCGCCGCGUUCUAUUCUCUCCCAGAGCUAAGUCCGGUGUCUGGAAUAAGCGUUGUCAAGAACUGUAACUGGAUCGGUGGCGUGGACUUGAAUGAUGCCAUGGCGACAAAUGGCGUCGUGGGUGCUACCGGCGAUGAUGCCACUAUACUCCUGUCUUUGAAAUCCAAAAUACAAGUUGUUCGCCUGGCCGAUAAGGUUCUCGAAGCACCCAAAGUAACAUUUGCUGGAAGCGUUUUGUCCGUUCGCAGGGACUCAAUCGCUUGCGUCGCCGAUUCCAGAUCCUACGCGCUACUCGACAUUCAUAGGCAGCUAACCAUCCCACUGAUGAGUAUCUCAACCCUGGAUGAAACGCCUGUGGAAGACGUCGGACGAGUGCAGCCAAAUCGCGAUGCUGCUGCAGAUACCCCUACCCGACCAGGCCCAUCGCAUUCGUCUACUCACAGUGGGAAUGCACCACACCACAAACGAAAUGUGAGCCAGAAUGACAAGUCCUCCAGCCCUCAACCACCAUCGUCCCCCGUGUCCUCAAAAAGCCCAGAGCCUCGCUCAGAAUCCAAAUCGCCGUCGCCAGCUACGGAUAAGCCUUUACCUUUACCCCCUUCAGACGAUACUCCCGUGGAUAAGAAUGUGGAGCCCACAAAGCAUCAGACGUCAAUUGCGCUCAAACCUCACAUUUCAUCGCCAAACCCUGAAGAAUUUUUGUUAGUCAUUGGGACGAAACUGUCAGAACCAGGUGUUGGCAUGUUUGUCAGCCUGGACGGCGAACCCACCCGGGCAACGCUUCAGUUUGAGAAAUAUCCAGAGCAGGUUGUCGUUGAUGGCAGCAAUUUCGACAUGGCUUCGUCUCGAACUUCGUCUCGAACAGGUUUUGGAGACGAGGAAGAUUGUCACGUGCUAGCUUCCACUUCCAAGGAAUCCGAGAAUGGACUGUCGUACGGCAUAGAAAUCCAACAUAUAAAUGCGGGCCAGGAGGCAAAUCCAAAAAAGCACUGGUUAGAAGCAAGGGGGUUCUCGAAAGAGCACCCUUAUGGGCUGAGGACUCUAUUCGGCAGAGGGCAGUUCCGACUAAUCGAGAUUGUCGACAAGCUCAGCCAAAGGCGAUUUUCUCCCUUUCCCAGACCAUUGGAGGCGUCUGCCUCACUCAGGCGCUCAGACUCCAGGACAGCAUUGUCAAUAGAACGACUGUCCAAAGAAAAGGAACUGUUCGAACGUGAUGAUUCCCAGGACGAUGACUCCCUGCCGGAAGGCUGGGAAACAACCCGCAACACUGAAGAAGAACAUUUUGUACGGCGACUUGCUGACGUCGGAACAAGAUUGGCGGUCUGGAAUGGAGAUUGUAUAUGGUGGGCAGUGCGAAGUCCUUUAAUCAUUCAACUUGACGCGCUGCUGGACGAAGCAUGCCCCGAAGGGCAUAUGGCGGACAUGAACAAAGAUGCAGUGUAUGCUGUCCUGAAAGUUAUUCGCGGCCGGGAUGCGAGGACAGAAUUGGAAUACAUGACGUUGGAUUACCUGCGUCAAAAGGCUGGUCUCCUACUCCUUAUCAAUAUCCUGUCUUCGCAAAGGGAGGAGGUUUCCGAAGGCGAGCUCGGUGAUUUGGAAAAAGUCUUGGUUGACAGCAAACUGGAUCCUCGAGUAGUACUGUCUCUCAUUCCGGGAAUCAGAAACGACAUCAUUGAAGGAAAACAAGGCAUUUGGAUCUAUGCAGGAGUCAAGAAGAUUGCCGAGUCUUAUAUUGGAAGCGUCAGGUUUGAAACGCCGGGAAAGAAGGCUCUGCAAAAUAUCGAGCUACGGAUUAUGCACUUUUCCCGCCGAUUCCUGUCGGCUUGGCGGAAACGAAAGGGGUUCGGCAGCGUUCCCGACGAAGGUGAAGUGUUCAGGACCGUAGACGCUGCACUUCUCAUCUCCCUGCUUGAGCUGGAUCAGCGGUCACCUCGACGGACGAGACGCGGGGGCGCCGUCAGAUCGGAGCUCAACGACGUCGUCGACAAAGGAGUGGACUGCUUUGACCGUGCGGUCGACAUUCUAGAGUCGUACCACAGACUUUUCGUGCUGAGCAGACUAUACCAAAGCCGCAAGAUGGCUGGUGAUGUUUUGGCGACGUGGAAACGAAUCAUUGAAGGGGAGCAGGACAGUGCGCCCGAAUUUCACGAUGGCGAGCAGCGUGUUCGAGACUAUCUGAAAAAGAUUAGCAACCAGGCCCUGGUCCAAGAGUACGGAAUUUGGCUGGCCAAAAGAAACCCACGAUUGGGAGUGCAGGUGUUUGCCGAUGAUGAGGGAAAGGCCCCCAGGUUUGAGCCAACACGAGCUGCUGACAUACUCCGAGCAGAGGCUCCCGACGCAGUCAGAUACUACCUGGAGCACCUUGUAUUUGCCAAGGGCCUCACGACAUAUGUGGACGAGCUGUUGAACCACUAUCUCGACGUGGUCCUUGAGCAUCUGCGGUCCUCGGCAGCGAGCCGCGAGAGAGUCAUGGCCACGUACGACGCAUACAGGGCGCUGCAGGGCCCCAAGCCCACGUACCACCAUUUCCUCACCGAAAGCACGCCGCCUGAUGGCGAAAUAUGGAAGAGUCGCCUGCGACUGCUCCAGCUCCUCGGCGGCGCACACGACUACGACACUGGGGCCAUUGCAGAGCGCAUAGGCAGUUUGCCGGCCGACCUGCUCGUACCGGAGACCAUCAUUCUUGCCGGUCGGCAGCGUCGCCACGACGAGGCACUGCGACUGUUGGUCCACAGACUUGGCGACUACGAUACGGCGGUGUCGUACUGCCUGGGGGGCGGGUGCAGUGUCUACGGGCACCAGGAUCCGGGCCGUGGCGGAGGCAGCACGCCAGACACGGAGCUGCAGCGCCGUCUGUUCCAGGUAGUUCUGCACGAGUUCCUGAGAAUUGCCGACGUGAGCGACCGAAUCGAGCAGACGGGCGCGCUGCUGGAACGGUUUGGUGGCUGGUUCGAGGUGGAAGAAGUGCUGGGCUUGGUGCCCGACGCCUGGUCCGUGGACGUCGUGGCCGGGUUUCUGACAGGAGCCAUGAGGAGACUGGUGCGGGAGAGGAACGAGACGGUGGUGACAAGGGCGCUGAGCGCAGCAGAGAACUUGAGGGUCAACCACGACCUGGUUGCGGGAAUCGAGAAGAAGGGUCCGAGCAUCGAGGCCCAGGACUGA